AUGAAUAAGGGACCGAUUAAUGGUGUGCAAAUAGUGGAUAGCGAGUGGCCAGCAUUGAGUGAACUGAAGCUAAAGUCAAUCAGUUGUAAGCGAUUUGUAACCAGACAUAAGCCCAAGCAAAAAUGGGAAGAUCUCCCUAUUCAGCUGACAUUCUCUCGAGCCCACCACAGUUCGGUGCCGUCACGUAACCCUCUUCCUGCCGACGAAGACGAUGCUGAAAUCGAAGACGACGCUAAAAAUAAAAGCGCAGACAAAAUUCCAAAAUGUGCCAAACCUACACCAAAAGGAGGAUUAGGUGAGAUCCCUCAGGCUCAGAAAAACUAUCCUGAUCCUCAAUGGUGCCUAUACGUCAAUCCUAAUUUUGGUGGUAUGGAAAUGUGCAAUAUAGUACCUAGGCCAGGAUUCAAUCCUCAUAUCGUCUCGCACUAUCGUCACCACAACUCUCAAAGCCAGUCAUGCAGUAAUGGUGCUAGUGAGUGCACAGCUUGUGUAUCGGAAAGACUCUCGAGGAUAAGAAAUCAGAUUGAGUACUAUUUCGGUGAUCGGAACUUUACUCGUGAUCGCUAUCUUCAGGAAAAAAUGACUGAUGAUGGAUAUGUGCCACUGAAAGUUAUCAUUGAGUUCCCUAGGAUGAAGCAAUUAGAAGCAUCUGCUAACACAAUAAUCCAGGCAUGUUGUAAUAGCAGUGUAGUAGAAAUUGAUGCUUCAAGAGGUCUUAUCAGACGCCGGGUGCCUUUUGAAAUGAACGGAGUCUCUCGUGACAGUAUGGCGCCACUCACAGGGUCUGUUGUACACUCUGUUUCUGUUAGCAGUUCAAAUUCUCCAGUGCUUAUGUUAGAUACACAGCCUUUGGAUGAUAGUAAUUCGAAAGAAAUAGUGUAUCCUACACCCGUGGAUGCAGAAGAGAAAAAUGAUAUAAACUGGCUCAAAGUAGAACGCCGCCAAAGGAGUCGUGUAAAAACAUUAUCUUCAUCUCAGAUAAAUGCACCCGUCCCAAGUCGUCGUCAAAGAAAUGAAUCUUCGUGUUCUGAGUUCAGUGAUGUUGAUGAAGAGGAACUCCUUAACUAUCUUAUUGUCAUUGUCCCUGAGAGAGCAGGUGGUCGUGCUUCUGAGCAAAAUGUAGUUACCACAAAGGGUCAUACAGGGAAAUCAUCCCAAUCAUCAGAUUCGCGGAGUGAUAAAACAGAUGUGGAGUCUUGUCUAUUCAAUGCUGCUUCAUGUUUUAAUUCAUCUACUGAUAAAACUCAAGUGUCACAUGGUGGACAUUCAUCUUCAGAAAACAGUGCAGUUUCUUCCCGCUUAUUAACCAGACACCCAGCUGGCGAUCGUCACCCGAAUCCAGAUUAUCAAUCUCGUGCUAAGAUAAAUGCAGAUAUACUGCAAAGAAUUCGGCUUGGACUUGAAGAUUAUGAACAGAAUGUCAGGCGCGAACGGUACACUUCUAUUUGUGAACUAGGUUUCGAAGACGAUGUUGGAGAAACUGAUCUUUUAGAUUUAUCGAAUAAUUCAUCCAGUCAAUCGAGUAAUCGUUUAGAAAAGAUCAACGUUGUUUCUCCAGAAGAUUUUGCCAGUCUUAAAGAAGCUACUGCGUCUGGUUUAGCUGAGCGACCAACUUAUGUUUCUCAUGAAAAUAAUGAUGGUACAGAAGAAACUCAUUGUAACUCAGGACAGUCUGAAAAGGUUCAAAGCCAACCAGAUUUAAACUCUUAUCCAAUAUUUCCUUUCUUUUAUCCAAAUGUAUUACCUCCCGAACCAUCAUCUCUAAUCACUAGUUCGUUAUGGAUCCCAUCAUCUCUAUACUCUGUUCUUCCGUUCUGCAACAAUUCUUCUGAACUUUGGCAGUAUCCGUACGACAUGGUACCACUUACACCCAGUCAAGUCGAACAACAGUUAGAAGCAGAAAAUGCAGUUGCAGCUCUUGUUGCUGAAGUUUCAAGAGCAGCUGUUGCGACAGCUCAAAAUCAGAAAUCCACAGUUGUUGAUAAACCCAGGAAUAAGCAUGUAGCGCGGCGCCGCAUGACUGGUUUUUAUCCGGCCAAGGUAAAACCUACUGGUGCUCGUGAACGAGAUGAACUAGAUGUUGGUUUUGCUUUCGAUAUUUCCGCCCGACCCUCAGCGAAUGCUUUAGACCAACAAGUUUACAGUCCUAAUGUAAGUGCUGUUGGUGAGGAUGGUCGUAAUCGAGCUCUAAAAACAUUCAUAUCUAUGGCAAGUGACGUUACUACAUCUGGAACUACUGUGAUCAUCAGUACUACCACCACCCCUGCAGCUGAUGAUGAACUGGGUUUUACACAAAACGAUCCAGUCAAAACUUCUCAACCACAAUCGUCUACCUAUAAACAAAUCCACUCAUCCGCCUUUGGAAAUCACAUGAGUCAGUCCUAUCUUCGGGCCAGUGGUCUGGCAUCCCGGGAAUACUUCCGCUAUCGUUCUUCUUGUCUACUGGAUCGAGAGAAAUCAGGUGCUGGACAGUCUCAGGAAAUGAACACCAUGUAUAGGUUCUGGUCUUUCUUUUUACGAGACAAUUUCUUCCAUGGAAUGUAUAAAGAGUUCAAACGUUUAGCACUCGAAGAUGAGGCGGCAGGUUAUCGGUAUGGGUUGGAAUGUCUGUUUCGGUUUUAUUCCUAUGGCUUAGAACGUCGUUUCAAAUGGUCCUUGUAUAAAGACUUCCAGGAGCAAGCUUUGCGAGAUUAUAAGAAUGGACACCUAUAUGGUCUGGAGAAGUUCUGGGCCUUUUUGCACUACAGUGGGCGCAAAGUAGAAAUCAAUCCUGAACUGAAGGAGUUACUACAAAAGUACAAGACAAUCGGGGACUUCCGUGUCAAUUUUGAAGCCCCUGAUGGGUUUUAUGGUUACCGCAAAAGACUGCCUUCCACAUCAGCUUCUGUGCCUUCAGACAUAUCUUCAAACCCCACCUCUCAAAAUAAUGUAGUUUCUAAUGUUUGA